AUACCAUUUUGGUGUUUUGAUACACAAUUACUUUCACCUAUAACUCAAAGACCACCAUCGUCAUCGUCGGCACAUCAUCACCACAACAUCGUCAUUAGUUAUUUAUAAGAGGAAAAGAUAAGACAUGAAUGACAUAACUUUGUCACAAGGUUGUUAUCAACCUGUUAUUCCUUUUUAGCUUAUACCAUGUAACAUUCCACAAGAAAGAGACCGCGCAUCUUAGCACAAGACUGACAUCAGGAUUCGGGUCCAUAACAUUACUUUCACCUCUUCAAUUGGAAUAACUCAAAGACCAUCAUCGUCAUCGCCGGCACAUCAUCACCGCAACAUCGUCAUUAGUUAUUUAUAAGAGGAAAAGAUAAGACAUGAAUGACAUAACUUUGUCACAAGGACUCGGGUCCAUAACAUUGCGUAGGGUGUUCUUACAACGUGGUAGGUGUUCUUACAACGUGGUUAGACUCUUGGUCUCUUGUAUGUAAAAUAUGGAAGUAAGGCAACCAAUGUUUCCGAAAUCAUACACCACUUUGUACGGUAGCGCAUCAAGCGAUGGAAGUGUGAAAGACAUGAAUAUAGAUUUGAGGAAGGAAGUAAAGGGAGAGGAAGAACAACACUUGAAUAUAAGGAGCUUGUCAAAAGUUAUAAUCCCUCCAUUGGGUGCUUCAUCAAAUUAUACACAAAACAAUAUUCAUUCAAGAUCCACCACCAUCAUCUCUCCAUUGGACUCCAAAUAUAGGUAUUGGCAGACAUUAAUGGUGGUAAUGGUAAUAUAUUCAGCAUGGACAUACCCCUUCGAAGUCGCCUUCCUGAAAACCACCUCUGCACAAUCUCACACACUACUCUACAUCGCUGACUCCAUCGUCGAUCUCUUCUUCGCCGUCGACAUCGUUUUGACUUUCUUCGUCGCUUACUUUGACUCCACUACUCAUCUCCUUGUUCGUGAUCACAAAUCCAUCGCCACCAGGUACUUAUCGACAUGGUUUGUGAUGGAUUUCGCAUCAACAUUGCCAUUUGAAUUGAUUUCGUACUUGUUCACCGGAAAACAUGGUAUGGGACUGUCGUAUACCAUCAUUGGUUUGCUCCGGUUCUGGCGGCUCCGCCGUGUGAAGAAGUUUUUCACCAGACUUGAGAAGGACAUAAGGUUCAACUACUUUUGGGUCAGAUGUGCCAGGCUUCUGUGUGUGACUUUAUUUUUGGUACAUUGUGCUGGUUGCAUCUACUACUUGCUAGCAGUGUUGUAUCCACAAGAAGGAAGAACAUGGAUCGGGUCAACAAACCCGAACUUUAGGAAAGAUGAUCUUUACAUUCUAUACAUAUCAGCCAUGUAUUGGUCUAUAACUACGAUGAGCACCGUGGGCUAUGGUGAUCUUCAUGCCCAAAACAGCGCGGAGAUGGCGUUUAUUGUGUUCUAUAUGCUCUUCAAUCUUGGCCUCACCGCCUACAUUAUCGGAAACAUGACCAAUUUAGUUGUUGAAGGCACUCGUCGCACCAUGGAAUUUAGAAAUAGCAUCGAAGCAGCAUCAAGUUUUGUGGGUCGGAAUCGGCUUCCAACAAGGCUUAAAGAACAGAUACUGGCAUACAUGUGCUUGAGAUUUAAGGCUGAGAGCUUGAAUCAACAACAAUUAAUUGAGCAGCUGCCAACAACAAUAUGCAAAAGCAUUAGACUGCAUUUGUUUUUAGCAACAGUUGAAAAAGUUUAUCUGUUCGACGGUGUUUCCAGAGAAAUUCUCCUACUUCUGAUUGCGGACAUGAAGGCCGAAUUCAUACCACCAAGAGAAGAUGUUAUAAUUCGAGACGAAGCACCUGAUGAAGUCUACAUAAUCGUUUCGGGUGAAGUAGAAAUAAUAGAAUGUAAUCCAAUGGAGAAAGAACAAGUGUUGGGUGUUUUACGUACAUUCGACAUGUUUGGAGAAGUUGGUGCACUUUGCUGCAGACCACAGUCUUACACCUACCGAACCAAGACCCUAAGCCAGCUCUUGCGGCUGAAAACCACAGCUCUCAUUGAAGCAAUGCAAACCAAACAACCUGACAACGUGUCCAUCCUCAAGAACUUUCUUCAACAUCACAAGAAGCUUAAAGAUCUGAACUUAGGCGACUUAUUGUUGGAUGGUGGUGAAGAGAGUGUAGAUGGAGAUCCAAACAUGUCUAUGAACUUGCUUACCGUUGCUGGUACGGGCAAUGCUGCUUUUCUUGAUGAACUCCUCAAGGCAAGGCUUGAUCCCAACAUCAGUGACUCAAAAGGAAGAACCCCUUUGCACAUUGCAGCAUCAAAAGGGCAUGAAGAAUGUGUUUUGGUCCUUCUAAAGCAUGCAUGCAACAUGCAUCUUAGAGAUAUCUAUGGUAAUACUGCAUUAUGGGAUGCCAUAGCAUCAAACCACCACUCAGUAUUCCGUAUUCUACUCCAUUGGGCUUCCAUUUCCGACCCCUUCAUAGCCGGUGAGCUUUUGUGCAAAGUAGCAAAGACGAACGAUCUAACGGUGAUGAAAGGCCUCUUCAAACACGGCCUGCUUGUAGACUCAAAGGACCACCAUGGAUCAACAGCUAUCCAGAUUGCGGUUUCUACAAACAACAUAGAAAUGGUAAAGCUACUCAUGAUGAAUGGCGCGGAUGUGAAUGAUCAAGCCGUCAAAAACAAUAUCCCUGAAGAAAAUAUGGUAGAUUUUAUGGCAAAAAGAGAGGUUGGAUACCGUAUCAUGAUGCCGGAUCAGGAGCCUGUGGUGGCGAAAAUUGGUCAUGGUAGCCGGAAAGAGGACGUGGCCACGACAAGGGGUAUUUUGGUAAAAUCACAUGGACAAACUGUAAGCAGGGUUAGUAUUUACAAAGGGCUUCCUAUGCAAAGGAAGAAGAUUUAUUGUACAGAGGCUGGGAAACUUAUCAAACUACCAAGUUCACUAAUGGAGCUUAAGAUCAUUGCAGGUAAGAAGUUUGGAUUUGAUGCUACAAAUGCAAUAGUUACAGAUGAAGAUGGAGCAGAAAUUGAUUCCAUUGAAGUGAUUAGAGACCAUGACAAGCUUUUUAUUGGAGAUAUCCCUUGAUGGUUUAAUUUAUUAAAAAAAAAAUAUAUAAAAAUGUCUCCAUAAAGUGUAGAAUUUAUAUAUCAAAUAUGAGUUAGGAUAAAGCUGGAUAUUAUAAAAAUGCCUCCAUCUUGGAGGUGUUCAAUAUGCAUCCUUGUGUGUAAUAAUGUAAGUAAAGUUGAACCCUUUUUUCUCAUGUAACAUAAAUAACUAAACUAUUUAUAAGAAAAUAGUCAUAGUUUAA